AUGUCAUAUACAAUACCAGAUUUAAGAUUUGAACAAGGGUUCAUGAGACAAUUAAAUAAUUAUGCAGGUAAUAAAAAGGAAGAACAAAAACCAUCAUUAUUUAAUAAACGAAAUUAUGAUCCAAUUCCACAAAUAACAGAUGCUGAAUUAAAAAAAUUAAAUCAACAAUUAGAUGAAGAUGAAGAAGAAUAUUUAGAAAAACCAGAACCUUUAUUUCCCAUUACACCAAAUAUUGUAAUAUAUGCUUUAAUAAAAGAUCAAAUUAUAAUGCCAUUAUUACAAGGGUUUUUCUGGACUGGUUUUCUCAUAUCUAUACGACCAUUCUUGGGGUUGAUUGUUAAACAAGGUCAAAUUGCUGGUCAUUGGCUUUCAAGUUUAAUUGGAUUAAAUAGAUUAACACAACCAAAAACUAGAUAUUCAUUGUGA